UUCGAAGAAAGUUUCCGUUCCGAGAGCGUGACAAAAUAGAAUGCGGCCACUAUGCCUUGUCUCCUGCUGUCGGUUUUUGUUUUGUUGUGAGUGUGACCAUGCGAUGUGUGUCAAGCAUAAAUAGCCGAGUAGGCGCACUGUGUGGAAGCACCACCUGAUAGAUCUCGUAAUGCCAGGUCAUCUUAUGUUUCUCGACUUCCUUCAAUUAUCUCGCGCUUGAUCAUCGUGAUCGUCGAAAAAGCAGGGCCCUUGCUACGUGCCUACGGAUCAAACUCAGCUAGUAUUAUACCCCAAUCCACCGAAUCCCCAUUGUGAGUGUUGUAUCAAUCAUUUUCUUGUAGUUAAACAGAAAUUUUGAUAUUCUGUAGUAUCUUCGUUUUUGUGCCUCGCGUAGUACUCACAUCCCCUCUUGCUCCAAGAGUAAUCGUUUUUAUCUGUGCCGCGUAUAAAUUCAAACUCUGUUGACGUGGCCUUUCUUCUCCCGUUCACAUUAGAUAGAAUCCUAUUCGGUGUGGUGCGACAUAAUUAAUGUCUCCUGGUCCAGCAGACGCGACUGCUACAAAUUCGCCAAUGUCCUCAGCCACUUCAUCGUUACAGCCCUUCUGGGGCCCCCGGAACAGCAACGUGCAUUUCUGCGAGCCGGCGUACGAGCGGUCACCGUAUAUUGCGGAGUUUUGGAACGCGCUGACGAAUCUCUGGCCAAUACUCCUCGGUUUGGUGGGCAUGGCCUACACCGCGGGGCUCGCCGGGGCCGGGAGGUUCGUUCUCGUGCCGGGAGGUGGUGAGAAAGAGCAUCGCACUACAUCACCUACUUCAACACCAGACACUGUGCGGACUCCACCACAGUCCAACCUAAAGUCCGGUUUUUUCGCUAGCGUCUUCGCGUUUAUUUCGAGCAAAAAAGUUCUUGGAGUACGAUACGGGUAUGACGGGACAACCCGCGCACAGAGCGUGGCUUUUAACGAAGCAAACGGAACAAGCACGCAAAAAUUGGUACUACCUGUUGUUUCGACUUCUGCUCCAGUUCCAGAACCAACACUAUCAAAAACAUCACUUCCUGCCGAACCCGAAGUAACAAAGGCGUCAGAAGAUGACUGCAGCCCGACGGAGCAGGUCAGCACGCCCUCGACCAAAGCGCCGUCGCCGUGUUCCUCCCCGCUUCUCUGUCCGCUAAGUGAGCGCCGGGUCGUAUCGGAGUCCAUGCUGGAGCUGCUCUCGCAGAGGCAGAGCGAAGGAGUUAUUUUCCCGCACAAGAGUCCGUCAAGCAGGAUAAGCAGCUCCACACGGGAUGAAAAUCAUGUUCAUGAUGGGCAUCACGAAUCACUCGCAAAGGCAAGCCGACGUCCAGUUCCAGCUCGAGACAAAACGGCUUUGUUCCGUUCUAUCAGCGAGGAUAGCACGGCGUAUCUGCUCUGCCAGCUCACCUGGUGCUGUUACAUCGGGAUGGCCACCGGGUCUCUGCUGUUCCACGCGACGCAGCAGUUUUGGGCCGAGAUGCUGGACGAGCUGGGCAUGUCACUCACGCUUCUGGCGCUGCAAGCGUCGCUGCUGGACUACAGUCCCCUGUACCGGGGACCGGUGUCCCGGCAGCUGGCCUACAAGUGGGUGCCGGUACAAUUUCUAGUGCGGAUUUUUGCUUGCAAAAUCUUCAGACUAACUACGCGUACGCCGCCAGCACUCAUGGUCAGAGGCUUGCGCUUGUAUCCAACAAAAAGUGCAGAAAUUUUUAGCACUACCAGUCGGUAAAAAAGUAGAUGAUAAUUUUCCAAAAAAAUAUCACAUCAGCUCGCCGUCGCCGGUUGCCACGUGUUCUACGUGUACACGGGGUGGCAUGCGUUUUUCACAUUUUUCUUCACCUGCCAAAUAUUCCACGCUAUCAUCCUCCUGGUGGCCUGUGCCGCCGCGCCGAGCCGUGGGUUGGAACGCCUCCUGUGGAUUCUCGGGCUCGCGGGUAGGCUUUUCUGGGAACCUGAGUUCUGGCUCUGCAGAGGCGAUUAUUCGCUGUGGACGGGCCGGUGGUUCGGCGGAGGAGGGAAAAGUGAUGAAGAAUCGGGAGCGCCGGCACUAGAAUCCCCAGUAGCUGCAGCUGCUGCUCCUGGUGAGAACACAACCACACUGUCAGUGUUGGCUUCAUUAAGCUCCUGGUUUGCAAGUGGGGGUGGAAGUCGAAGUACGGAAGAUUCAAAUCAAGCAACUUUUACGUCGUCGGCCAUGUCCCCAGCAGCGCCAACCUCCUCAUCCUCCUACGAGCUGGAUCUGCUGCUUUGGGGGCACUGGCUGUGGCAUCUGCUGGUGUACACUGCCUUGGCCUUGAUGUUUGCGCAAAGCAUACAGGGACGAGAAUACUGCAUCCGCACCGCUUCAAAGGAAAAUCAAAAUUCUACGGUAAGUGAUGCUGGGAACAAUACCAACGACGAGGCGUUUUCUCCUGCACGAAAUUCACCAUUACGACCUGCAAAUUAUACCGUCGCCAGAAGGACUAGGACCUCGUCUCGAGGUAUGACAGCCGGAUAUAAUUUUUCCAAUCCUCGAGCUUCGAACAUCAACAUCACGCCACCAGGAACUGUAGCGCAGCCUGCAUUAGGGAAGGAUGGUGAAGGCGUUCCUGGUGUUCCCGGUCUCGCUGCGCAUACUUUCUCGGCAGAACAACAAGGUGGAGAAAGCAAGACCCGUUUUGAAGGCCACGACCAUCACAGCUCAAUAAGAUCAAUACCAAACCCAUCCGACCAGGACUUCGAGGAUGAAUCCGGCUGGCCGUCGGUUCUAGCCCAGGAAAAGCAAAGGGAAAAACGACUUUUGGUCUCGCUGACACUCCGCGGAAGACGAUUCUUUGAGGAUUAUUUGUUCUCGUUUAUUUUGCAGUUCGGGCGAGGCACAGCCAAGGUGACGCGCGCCGGGAGAGAAGCGAAGGAGGGCUCGCCCCUAGUGGAAGAUGAUGGCGCUGUUGUCAAGAAAAAGAUGUAAUUUUCCGUGCCUUGUUUCUCUUUUGCAUGAUUUCAUGGUCUGGAGAAUUGCCCCCGUUCAUCCCUUGUUGCGAUAAGUACCAAGCUUCCUUCGUCAUCGUGUAGUUAUACAAAAACACUGUCAAACAAGCCCCUCGUGGUGGGCAGCAUGCCCUUUUGCUUAUUCAUAUAAUUUCUUCCAGGACCACUAUGGUAUUCGUAAGUGCGUUCUCGAACCCAGUAAGAAAAGAUCCUCUUCCAUGCAGAUCGAAAUUCCAUUUCCAGCAAAAAGCCAAACACACAUACCGUAAUAUUUCUACUACCAUGUGCUUGCAGCAGCAUUUCGAAACCACGACUGAAGCUGUGUUUAUAUACUUGGAAACCGCGACCGUGACGUGGUGUAGACAUGGGUACCUGAUGUCCGCGGUUUCGAAUGUAGUAUACGAGCUGGUGAGGACGUGAAUAGAGUAGGAUAUGAGAAAGAGGAACAGGAGCUACUAGUGCUAGAGCAACACCACGCUCAACAAGAUUGAAGAUGCUUCGAACUCCCUCACAGUACUUAUGUGUUCGCUUUUUUCCACCGCGGUCCGGGUGCUAUGCUGCUUUCCCUUUACACAAGUUUCGCUCAACACAUCGACAUCACGCGUCGUUGGUUCCAAGG